AUGAGUCGGAAUCUGACUACAACCAUGACCGCGACCGCGGUGCUCGGCCUCGCCGGGACCGCGUUCGGUCAGUCCCCCGUCGCGUCUUACAACGCGCCGAACCUGGACAUGAUCCCCACCGUGAGCACCCAGGGUGCGUUCAACAUCACCGUCACCGGUGACGGCGACGCCGACACCAUCACCACGAUGGUCCAGGUGUUCUUCAUCCCGGGUGACGGCGCCACGGGCCCGACCGCCAUCGGCGGUCUGCUCCUCGUUGACGACGGCACCGGCGCCGGCGCCGACGGCAACGCCAUCGACACCGACGAGGACGGCACCUACGGCGACGCCCUCACCGACGCCGACAACGACGGCUUCAACGUCGACCUGAGCCUCAUCCAGGCCGCGACGCUGACCCAGCUCGAGGCCAACAUCACCGCCGCUCGCGCGGCGGCCGGCGCCUCCGGCGAGGUGUUCCUGCAGUUCACGUUCACCGACGCCGGUGACGACGCGCAGACCACCGAGAACCCCACCACCUACGACAACUCGACCGGCAUGUUUACCGCCGCCGGCACGCACGAGUCCCCGGUGGUGCUCGAUGGCGACCUCGCCAUCUCCAACGCCUUCGACGACUCCGACAACACCGCGCUCAUCCUUGAGUUCCCGGUGCCCGUCGGCCCCGUCGGCACCAACACCAACGGCACCGUGGUCGCGAACGUGACCGCCGCCGACCUCGAGAUCGACGACGCCGCCGACUUCGCCGGCGCCGCGAACCCCUCCGCCCUCGACGGCGGCACCCCGAACGCCGUCCUCGGCGGCUCGGACAACCAGACCCUCACCUUCAACUUCGACACCUCCGGGAUGAACAUCCCGGACGUCGGCGACUUCGUCCGCGCGACGGGCACCGACAUCGAGGACAGCUUCGGCCGUCUCGCGAACGCGGACACCGACGGCGCCGAAAUCACGGCCCUCGUCGAGUUCGCGGUCGAGUCGGUCAAGUGGCUCCAGAAGGUCUCCCCGAACGGCGCCAACGUCACCGACGCCCUCGCCGUCACGUUCACCCUCCCCGUUGACGCGGGCAACGUGGGUGACACCGACUUCUACAACAUGAUCUUCAUGGGCGAGACCUUCAACAACGCCUCCACGGACCUCGUCCGCGCCGGUGGCUUUGUCAUCUCCAACAUCGCCGUCGACACCGACGUGGACGCCACCGGCGCCACCGUCGUGAUCGACGUCGACUCCAACAACGCCUCGCUCGGCGUCGCCGCCAACGGCAACAACGACGACGGCGACACCGCCACCGACAUCGGCACCUUCGACGCCGACGCGGACGGCGACGAGACGCAGAACGUCUUCCAGCUCGUGACCAACGAGGACGACGGCACCCAGCCGAUGUCCACCCUCGGCACCGACUACCUCGGCGCCGACGACUCCGAGUCCGAGACCACGACCAUCGGUGACUGCAUCGCCCCGACCAUCAUCGCGGUCUCCUUCCACGACCUCGACGGUGACGGCGUCCUCGACGCGGUCGCCGGCAUCGCGGACGAGGAGCUCGCCGAUUCCACCUCCACCGCCGGCCUCACCCUCCAGGCGCUCGACGCCGCGAUGGUGCAGCCCUUCUCCAUGAUCGACGCCGACACCGGCGCGCUGCCCGAUCCGAUCGAGCUCGAGUUCGACAUGGACAUGGACGAGGAACUCGACACCUUCACCGUCUCGAUCGGCUCCGUCGAUCCGGACCUCUCCUCCGACGGCCCCUCGGCCCUCGAGACCAACAACGCCGUGAUCCUUUCCGGCUUCUCCAUGGACAUCUUCGGCGACAACCUCCCCGGCACCGGCGACGCGGACGUCUUCGACCUCGCGUACGACAUGGCGACCGGCGACUUCGAGGACGCCAACGGCAACGAGAUGGCCGACCUCGCGGCGACCAACGCCGACGAGGACCGCGCCGCCCCGGUGCUCUCCUGGUCCCUCCACCUCGGUUCGGAGAACAUCCCGACCGCCAACCUCACGGACUCCAACGUCCAGUGCUUCGCCGAGCCCACGGCCAACGGCUCCGGCAACGACAUCGCCAACCGCGCUGUCUUCUUCUUCUCCGAGAGCAUGACCCCGCCCUCCACGGCGGAAGCCGCCAACAUCACCGUUGACGACACCCUGCUCUCGGUCGGCGGCAACCCCAGCACCGUCUUCGGCGACGACGCGGUGCUCACGACGCCCGACUUCUCCAACGCCGUCACCGUCAUCGACAACACGAUCGGCGACGAGCCCGGCGACGACUUCACCAUCCCCGCGACCGCGGACAUGGACGACACCGCCGGCAACAACUUCACCGGCUCCGGCACGCUGAUGGACGGCACCGAUCCGUUCCUCUCCCGCGCCACCGACGUCAACGGCGUCACCUGCUGGUCCGCCUUCCUCGUUGACACCGACGACGACGAUUUCGCCAACCAGGUGCUCAUCGUCCUCAACGGCGCCAUCGACAGCACCCUGCUCGACGACACCGCCGAGCAGACCGCUCAGGCCGCGAACUUCUCGUUCACCGGCUUCUCCUUCACCCCGUCCAGCCUCACGCAGGACGCGGACAACGGCAACAUCCUGGUCCUCGAGAUCGAAGACCAGCUCGUGUCGAUGACCUCGACGGCCACCAUCACCUACGACGGCUCCGACGCCGACCCGCUGCUCACCGGCGGCGCCAAGGACUCCUCCUUCGACGCCAAGCAGCCCGCCACGCCCGACCUCAUCACCGAGACCCCGUUCGUGAUGGCCAUCAACGGCAACAUCACCCUCGGCGGUUCCCCGGUCCCGGUCGGCACCCAGAUCUGCGCCAUGGUCGCGGUCCCCACGGUCCGCUCCAUCCGCGCCGACAAGGACGGCGUCACUUUCCGCUACGACCGUCAGGAUCUCGAGCAGGAAGAAGUCGUCACCGACGACAAUGACAACAUCAUCCAGCGCUCCCUCGAAGACUUCACCAACUUCCUCCUCGGUCUCGAGGAGCGGAUGUACCUGCUCUGCGACGAUCGCAGCCAGGACAUCUACUCCAACACCAAGUUCUUCGUCGAGAAGAACGGUGACUCCCUCGACGACGAAGAUUUCGGCGAAGGUGCUCCCGACCUGGAUUCGAUCCACUCGAUCGACCUGGAUGUGAACGCUUCCAACCUCGACCGCAUCUCCUUCUCCGGUCGCGCCGGCUCCGGCUCGGCCACCCGCUCGGUCUCCAGCGGCUCCGUCCAGCUCUGCUACGACGUGCUCCGCUCGAGCUCCGGCACCUUCGAGAGCCUCUUCGAAGAGGGCUACUGCAUCGGCGGCACCCCGAUCGUCUCCAAGGCGGUCGUCACGGACACCACCGGCGGCUACAGCCUCUACGUCUCCAUGCCCAACCUCGAGGCCACCGACAGCGACGACGGGAUCUCCAACGACCCCAACGUCUUCGCGACCGCGAACCUCCCCAUCAUCAUCCUCGUCAUCACCCCGGACGGCGUGGUCUACCCCGCCUCUUCCCUGGUGAACAACAUCAACGGCACCGGCCCGAUCCUCUUCUCUUCUGAGAUCCUGAGCCAGACCUCCGCUGGCGAGGCUUCCGGCGCCACGACCUUCAACAUGGACCUCGACAACGUCGGGAACGUCAAGGUCUUCACCGGCUACAACCUGGCCGGCUUCCCCCGCGCCUCCGGCUUCGCCCGCGCGUCCAACUCCGUCCCGGUUCUCCCGGACGGCGUGACCGAGGACGACGUCCGCGUCGGCGCUUCUCUCCUUCCGCCGGCCGGUCCCGAGGACCAGUUCGUGUGGUGGGAAGACGACGGCGACUGCGUCUUCGAGUCCGGUGAGGUCAACAGCAUCAUCGUCGACAACAACUGCAUCACCUCCUUCCCCUUCACCAUCACCUCCUCCGGCGUCCAGCUCGGCACCAACGGUGUCAACGCCAUCGUCGGCGGCUACAGCUUCGGCCUCUUCGUCACGGACACCUACGGCAUCGCGCAGUUCGGCGCCCCGCUGUCCGAGGACGGCCUCUUCACCGGCAGCGACAACGAGUUCCCGAACUCUUCGUCCAACCGCGGUUGGGCCUUCGUCACCGUGACGCAGGACUUCGACUCGAUGGACGACUUCUUCAACGCGAACCCGGACGUCGACUACGUCAUCCUCUUCAACCGCACCUCCAACAACGACGUCGAAGUCGCGUCGGCCUCCCCGGCCGGCGGCCCGGUCUCCGGCAACGACCUGACCGAGCUCUCCGACGGCGAUGAGCCCAUCCCGCACGCGAUCACAGGGAGAAAGACCAUGCACGCACCCCUCGCCCGCAUCGCCCUCGCCGCGCUCGCGCUGCUCAUCGCCGCGCCGCACGCCCGCGCGCAGUUCGACAACGUCAACGCCGCGAUCGUCCGCGAGCGCAUCGGCGGCGUCGCUUUCCCGGGCACGAGCGCGCCGGAUAUCCAGCCGGGCGACCAGCUCGGCGCCUUCUUCGGCGACCAGCUCAUCGGCAGCUUUACCUUCACCUCCGGCUCGGGAUCCACCUUCGAACUCAACCUCAACGGCGACAACCCCGACACCAGCGCCGUCGAGGGCCCCCGCGUCGGCGAGCGCGUCGAGGUCCGGUUCUUCGAUUCCAGCACCAACUUCACCAUCAACAACAUCCGCGUCGAGACCGCCGGCGGCGAGCGGUUCAACCUCACCUUCCAGGGCCAGGCCGUGCCCAACAUCCCCGGCUUCCCCCUCGACCUCACGCCCACGCGCGAAUUCAACGUCCGCGUCUCCGAGGGCGCCGGCGGCGGGAGCGGCGGGGGUGGGGGCGGCGGGGGUGACGGCGGAGGAGGCGGCGGCGAGGACCGCGGCCUCGACGUCAACGGCGACGGCGACGUCAACCGCCUCGACGUCCAGGUCGUCAUCCGAGCCAUCGCCGCGUCGAACGUCUCCGAACGCUCCGGGGCCGCGUCCCAGGUCCGCGACCGCUUCGUCACCGCGUCAGAGCUCCAGGCCGCGGACGUCAACGACGACGGCGUCGUCAGCACGCAGGACGUGAUGGCGAUCAUCCGCGGCAUGCGCAGCAUGGACCGCCCGGAAUCGGGUGUGGAGCGUCCGACGACCAUCGACCAGCUGGUCAUCGUCGUCGCGAUGCUCGGCGUGCUGGCCGCGUUGAGCGUCUCGAGCCUCGUCCGGGCGUCGUCGAGCGCCUCGAUCGAGCGUGCGUCGUCCGAUCUGACGGCCCGUCUGCUGAUUCGACGCGCCGAGGCGCUGCGGGGGGGGUCGACGGUGCCGGUCGAGCUCCGAGUCGAAGGGGGGACACUCGAGCUCCUGCCGUCCAGCGAGGGCACGCGGGCGCACGCGUGGACGCUCGGGGGCGACGGGGCUUCGCUCGAGCUGAAUACCCCCGGCGCGGAGAAGCCCGGCCCGAGCGCGAGCUUCGCGUUCCUGCCCACGGGGCGGGCCACAACGCGGGAAUUCGCGGUCCAAUCCGAGGGUUCGGGCGGUACAAUCAUCCUGAUCCGGUUCGACCCCAUCUCGGGGGAGCGAUCCAUGACCAGCACCCACCCCGCGCGCGCACGCCGUGCCCUCGCUGCCCCGAGGGGCGGCUUCUCGCUGCUCGAGCUGCUCGUGGUCGUGACGAUCAUCGGCCUGCUCGCGGCCCUGGUGGGCCCGCGUCUGCUCCAGCGCGCGGGCGGCACCAAGAUCCAGACCACCAAGGCGCAGCUCUCGCUCCUGACCAACGCGGUCGACGAGUACAAGUUCGACGUGGGCACGCUCCCGACGGAGGACCAGGGCCUCGCGAUCCUGCUCACCAAGCAGGGGACCGGCGAGGACGCGAAGGGCCCGUACCUGAGCCGCGCCACGCUCCCGAACGACGGCUGGAACCGGCCGUUCCACUACAAGCUCGACGAGACGUGGGGGUACAUCAUCUACUCCCACGGCGCCGACGGUCAGCCCGGCGGCGAGGGCGAGAACGCGACCGCGAACGGCGCGCCCGCGGGGCGCGCCCCCGUGCCCGGUUAUCGGCCCGGCGCGUUCCGCGAUCGGCUGCUCGCGUCCGGCGAGCUGACCGAGGCGGACUGGCGCCUCGCGCGCGAGGUCGCCAAGCAGAACGGCACGUCGGACGUCCGCGCCCUGCUCGACCUGGGCCUGCUCACCGAAGAGGCCAUCGCCCAGCACCUCGGUGACGUGCUCGGGCUCCCGCGCUGGAACCCCAAGGGCGAGACGCGCCUGCUUAGCGCGGACGUCCCGCAGGAAUUCAUGCGCUCCAGCGGCGUGCUCGUGCUCGAGACGCGCACCGAGGGCGAGCCCCCGACGGACCGCCUGCUCGUCGUCGCCGACCUCUCGGACCACCACACCGCUCAGGCCCUCGGCGCCCGCUUCGCCGGCGUACCGGUCGCGGUGGGGACGCACAAGCAGAUGUCCGCGUUUCUGGAAGAGCACGCGCACGACGAGGAGCUCGAGGACCACGCCACGGACGACCGGCUGGACGUCGCGGGCGAGCUGUCCGCCCUGCGCGACAUGGCGAGCGACGCGCCCGUCGUCCGGUUCUUCAACCAGUGCGUCGAGCGUGCGCUGGAUCUCGGCGCGUCGGACAUCCACCUGGAGCGCUACGACCGGCGCGUCUCCCUCCGCUACCGCGUGGACGGGAUGCUCGCCGAGGCCCCCGCGCCGGCCGCGUCGAUGUACGAGGCGCUGCUCUGCCGCAUCAAGAUCAUGUCGGACCUGGACAUCGCCGAGCGCCGCCUCGCGCAGGACGGGCGCAUCCAGAUGCGCUUCCGCGGGCGGCAGGUGGACAUGCGCGUGAGCAUCGUCCCCACGACCUACGGGCAGGACGCCGCGAUCCGCAUCCAGGACCGCCAGAAGCUCGCGACGAUCGAGAUGGACGACCUCGGUUUCGACGCGAGCGACAUCGGGUUCCUCAAGGAGACCGCGUCGCGCGACCACGGGAUCCUGCUCAUCACCGGCCCGACCGGCUCGGGCAAGACGACCACGCUCUACGCGCUGCUCCGCGCGAUCUCGACGGUGCAGCGCAAGACCGUGACGGUCGAGGACCCCGUCGAGUACUCGAUGGACGGCAUCACGCAGAUCCAGGUGAACAGCGCCAUCGGGCUCAACUUCUCGACCACCCUGCGCCACAUCCUGCGCCACGACCCGGACGUCAUCCUCAUCGGCGAGAUCCGCGACGCGGAGACGGCCGAGAUCGCUUUCCAGGCGUCGCUCACCGGCCACAUGGUGCUCUCCACGCUCCACACCAACGACGUGCCCAGCACGUUCGUGCGUUUGGUGGACAUGGGCAUCGAGCCCUACCUUGUCAACGCGGCCGUCGAGGGCAUCACGGCGCAGCGCCUCGUGCGCCUCAUCUGCGAGUCGUGCCGCAACGACCACGAGAAGCGCGAGUCGUGCGAGGCGUGCAACGGGCUGGGGUACAAGGGUCGCGAGGCGGUGAUGGAGUACUCGGGCGUCACCGAGAAGGUCAAGGACGCGCUCGUCGCCGGCGCGCAGGAGCAGGACGUGCGCCGGGCGCUGGUCGAAUCGGGGUUCCGAUCGAUGCGCGACCGCGCGCAGCGCCUGCUCGACGCGGGCCGGACGGACGAGGCGGAGCUGACGCGCGCGAAAGCGAGCGACGAGCGCACGCUCCGCGACACGCUGCGCGCGCAGGGCCUCGUGCUCAUCGAGGCGCGGCCGGUGCGGCUGAGCGACGCGCUCCGCGCGAUGUUCGCGGGCAGCGCCCCGCGCCGCGCCGACGGCGCGUGGUUCUUCGCGACGCUCCGCCAGCUCCUCGAGGGCAAGGUGCCCGUCGAGGCGGCGGUGCAGACGAUGGGCGAGCUCGCGCCGAACGCGCGGCUCCGCGCCGUGUGCACCGACCUCCGCGACGCGCUGCGCUCCGGUUCGUCGUUCGCCGACGCCGUCGCCUCCAUCGAAGGCCUCGCGAAGCCGGCGCACCUCGCGCUGCUCCGCGCCGGGCAGUCCUCCGGUCGGCUCGAGCACGCCGUCGGCCUCGUCGACCGCUCGAUCGAGAACGCCUCGGAGAUCCGGCGCUCCGUCAUGGGCAAGCUCGCGUACCCGAUCGUGUUGCUCUGCGCCUCGAUCGUCUCGCUCUGGGUGCUCUCGACGUACGUGAUCCCGAAAUUCGCCGAGACGCUCGCGUCCGUCGGGCAGGAGCUGCCGCUCAGCACGCGGUUCACCCUCGCCGCGUCGGACGCGCUCGUCUGGGUCGUCCCCGUCGCCGUGAUCGGCGCGGUCCUCGCCAUCGCCUUGCGGGAUCAGCUGCUGAGCGACGGGAUGAAGACCAAGCUCGCCGAGUCCGUCCUCCGCGUGCCGGUGCUCGGGGCGCUGGUGGCGCACCGGGAGUCGGCGAUCGCGUGCGACCUCACGGCCACGAUGCUCGAGGGCGGCGGCGACCUGAUCACCGGCCUCGAGCAGGCGUCCGGCGCGAUGGGCAACCGCGUGAUCCGCGAGCGGCUCGACAAGGCGCGGGCGAUGGUCCGCGAGGGCAAGGACCUCGGCGAGGCGCUGAAAGAGACGGACGUCCUCCCGCCCAUGAUCGCGGCGGUGGUGACGCUCGGGACGAAGACCGGCGACCUGACCGGCGCGCUGCGCCGCGCGACGGAGCUCUCCGUGGCGCACUCGCAGCGCACCGUGCAGCGCCUCCUGAUGAUGAUGGAACCCGGGGUGAUCCUCUUCCUGGGCGGGACGGAGCGGACGAUGCCAAACGCCAAGAAACUGACCGCCACCGUCGCCCUCGCGGGCCUCGCCCUCUCCCUCGCCUCGUGCGAGUCCGCGAACCCGCAGGCCGACAACCGGAUGAUGCCGACGAACGUCGCGCUCUCGCGCCAGGCGCCGCGGGUCUACGACACCUCGAAGAACCCCAUCACCAAGGCGCUCGCCAUCUCCGACGCGAUGUACGCCGCCCCGGCCGCCGGCCCGAGGCUCGUCGAGCGCGUCACCAUGACCGGCCAGCCGCGGCAGCUCUCCGAGGGCGCCCCCGAGUUCGAGGCCAACGGCCCCGCGUCGCGCGUCGUCCGCGUGCGGUACGAGGCGGAGGGCGCCGCGCUCAGCGAGGUCCUCGCCGUGCUCAUCACGGACUUCCUCGAGCGCGACUACGUCAUGAACGCCCAGAUCAGCGGCCAGGUGACCCUCUCGAUCGACGAGGAGCUCACGACCGAGGAGCUCGAGCGCUUCGUCGCGGGCCUCUGCUCGCUCUACGACAUCACGCUCACCGAGCAGGACGGGCGCUACAUCAUCCGCACGCGCACCGCGAGCAGCGGGGCGGGCGCCGGCAAGGUCUCGCCCACCGCGCCGAUCUACUUCGCCGACCCGCUCCUCGGCAACGAGCUGCCCGCGAUCCGCCUCCGCAAGCUCCGCUACGCCAACCCCGAGAGCGUCAGCAGCGUGGUCAAGGAGCUCAUGAGCGCCGGCUCCCUGCUCUCCACAUCCGGCAACCUCCUCGUGAUGGUCGACACCGCGAGCCAGCUCAAGCGCAUGAGCGGCGUCAUCUCUGCGCUGGACGUCCCCGCGUUCGAGAACACCGAGCUCAUGCUCUACGAGCUCUCGCACUCCGAGGCGACCGAGGCCCAGCAGGCGCUCACGAACCUCGCCAACGUCUCCGGCCUCGCCGGCGGGGCCAACCCGCUCGUGAGCUUCGCCGCGCUGCCCAACGGGCGCGAGCUGCUCAUCGUCGCGAAGGACCAGAGCGUCGCCCGCCAGGCGGAGAACCUCAUCCGCCUCGUCGACCGCCCCGUCGACGCCCCGCUCCGGAGCCGUUUCACCUACACCGCCCAGCACACCUCCGCGGAAUCGCUCAUCCGCGCCUUCACCGACUUCUUCCCCGACCGCGUCGAGGGCGAGGACAACCCCGAGGGCGUCCGGUUCGUCCCCUUCGCGCCCAGCACGCCCAGCGGCGGGCUCUCCAGCCUCGCCUCCGGCUCGACCGGCAGCGCCCCACGCGCGCUCGGCGGCUCGACCGGCGCCCGCAAGAUCCUCAUCCACGCCACCCGGCGCGACUACGAGGACAUCCUCACCCUCUUCCGCGAGCUCGACCGCCCGCCGCAGCAGGUGAACAUGCGCGUCGUCGUCGCCGAGGUCGGCCUGACGGACGACUUCUCCUUCGGCGUCGAGUACUUCCUCAACGCGACCGACGCGAACAACUCCGGCGAGGGCUUCGGCGACCUCGACCUCAUCGGCACCCCGGGCGGCAUUCUCAACCCCACCGGCAGCCUCAUCUUCACCGCGAGCGACGGCUUCGCCGUCAUCGAGGCCCUCGACGCCGUCGCCGACACCCGCCUGCUCUCCUCGCCCACCAUCUCCGCGGUCAGCGGCGGCAUCGCCGAGAUCCAGGUCGGCGGCGAGGAGCCCAUCCCCGCCGGCGACACCAUCACCUCCGGCGGCAACGUCACCGACAACAUCGAGCGGCGCGACACCGGCGUCACCGUCGAGGCCCAGCCCUUCAUCAACGAAUCCGGCGAGAUCCGCCUCCGCCUCAUGGUCGACAUCGCCGACCUCGGCCCCAACCGAGGCGACCUCGGCCCCUCCUUCACCACCCGCAUCCUCCAGACCGAGGUCCUCACCCGCCACGGCCAGACCUUCCUUAUCGGCGGCAUCAUCAUCGACAACUCCUCCGACUCCAAGAACAGCAUCCCCGGGCUGGGCGACCUGCCGCUCAUCGGCGCCGCCUUCGGCACCCAGCGGAGCAUGCAGGACCGCACCGAGCUGCUCAUCGCCAUCACCACGACCAUCGCCGACACGCCCGAGGAGGCGGACGUGUUCAUGAGCGACUUCAUGCGCUCGACCCACGCCCUCCGCGACGCGCUGGGCGAGCAGGAGGAGGACCUCGCUCAGGGCUUCCUCUUCGACCGCGUCAAGGACGCGGACGCGGCCGACGCCACCGUCACGCCGGAACUCCCGGCGCCGCUCCCCGCCCCGGCGGCCGAGCCGCGGCCCGAAGCCCCCGUGGACGAGGCGCAGCCCGAAGAGCCCCGUCCCGAGCUGGACAUCCCGCCGAUCAUCCGCCGCAUGCUCGAGAGCGCCGGCUCCGACCCGACGAAGCCGGCAACGCCCCCGAAGGAUCCCGGGUCGGACGGCUGA